UAUGAUGUUAGAGAAUUACGGCUUUCAAAAAUGUGUCAGGAUUUUUAUUCUACAGUGAUGUCUUUAGAUGGACCUUGGAUGGUUACGCAAGUUGGCCUGAGCUAAGGAGUAUCUUGCUCUACAAGCAGAUUCCUGUGUCUUUCUCCUGGAACGUAACUGUUGAAACUACAAUGGAUACAGUUCGUAGCAGUAGAUACAGCAUUGUAUCCACAGAUGAGGAAGGCCUCCGUAUGCCAUCCCUGGGUCUUAAUGGUCACUGGUCAUCUUCCCUCCACUACCCUCAUUCACGGCGGAAAAGACGCAACCGUUUUGUUAAAAAGAAUGGUCAGUGUAAUGUCUACUUUGCAAAUCUCAGCAACAAAUCCCAACGUUACAUGGCUGACAUUUUUACGACAUGUGUGGACACACGUUGGCGAUACAUGCUGCUCAUCUUCUCAGCUGCUUUCUUAGCAUCAUGGCUUUUCUUUGCCUUUCUCUUCUGGUGCAUUGCAUUGCUUCAUGGGGACUUUGCUGUUGGUAGCAGUGUGAUUCCAGUAGGGAGAUCAGGCCCACCCAAACCAUGCCUGAUGCAUGUUAAUAGCUUUGUUGAAGCUUUUCUCUUCUCAGUAGAGACACAGACUACAAUAGGGUACGGGUUCCGUUGUGUAACUGAUGAAUGCCCUUUAGCCAUUCUUGCUGUAGUGGCACAGUCCAUCCUUGGCUGUCUCAUCGACUCUUUCAUGAUUGGUACAAUAAUGGCCAAAAUGGCUCGGCCCAAGAAACGAGCCCAAACACUACUUUUUAGUCAUCAUGCUGUAAUUGCCCAAAGAGAUGGUAAACUCUGUUUGAUGUGGAGAGUUGGAAAUCUACGCAAAAGUCACAUUGUAGAAGCCCAUGUCAGAGCCCAACUGAUCCGUCCCUAUGUUACCCAAGAGGGUGAGUAUCUCCCUGUGGAUCAGCGGGACUUGAAUGUGGGAUAUGACAGUGGGCUGGAUCGCAUCUUUCUGGUUUCACCAAUCAUUAUAGUGCAUGAGAUUGAUGAGGAGAGCCCUCUCUAUACAAUGGGAAAGGAGCAAUUAGAAGAAGAAGACUUUGAGAUUGUUGUUAUUUUAGAAGGCAUGGUGGAAGCCACAGCUAUGACAACUCAAGCUCGUAGUUCAUACUUAGCAAGUGAAAUCCGCUGGGGACAAAGGUUUGAGCCUGUUGUAUUUGAGGAGAAGAAUCAUUACAAAGUGGAUUAUUCCCACUUCCACAAAACCUACCAGGUGCCAGGAACCCCUGUGUGUAGCGCACGAGAAUUGCACGAAAGCCGUAUAACUGCUUUACCUUCCCCAAGCGCCUUCUGCUAUGAAAAUGAGCUGGCUCUUCUUAGCCAAGAGGAGGAUGAGGAUGAAGAAGCUGUUGGAGGUGUACCAGAUGAAGGAGUUAUCCAUGUUAUGGGGAGUCAUUUAGAACUCGAUCGCCUUCAGGCUUCCAUGGCAUUAGACAACAUUUCUUACAGAAGGGAGUCAGCUAUAUGAUGUCAAUACCAAGACUGGAGUACUUUUCCAAGGCCACACCUAGGCGGGUGUUGGUGUAUUUCUUUGUGUGUGUCUAUGUCUUUAUUUCCGGUUAAAAUAAUUAACCUUUUGCACUGCAAAAAAAACAAGUUACAUUGGACAUGUACUGACUUCUCCAGCAGAUUGUUGCUACUUUUACAAAUAUGAAUAUGUAUGCUAUGAAAGCAGGGAACAUCAGCCAUUUUCCUUGUGUUCUUGAGAAAGGGAACA